UGUCAAUGUCGGCUGGGAUUUGCUCGCAUGUUCCCGGAUCGACCCUGUAAACUUGUCUGAAAAUAGUGAUGUGAAACGCUUAGAAUCUGUUUUUAGGAAAUAUUUGCGACAGAGUAACUAUAGUGUUGGAGGAACCGAAUUGUAUACUUCAAAGGAGGAUAUAAAUUCGUUAACAGUUAAAGAUUUUGAUGAAUGUGCGCACGAUGACUUCAACGAUUGUUUCGUCCACGCCCACUGUUUUAAUUUGGUAGGCAGUUAUACCUGUAGCUGCCCAGAUGGCUAUGUUGACACUUCCGAUAAUCCCGUUUAUCCUGGUCGUCAUUGCUCAGAUGAGAUUAUUGGGUGCGAUAAAUGUAACUACCAUGGCCAUUGUGUGGUGUCGAAUAUAAUAUUGAAUGAAACUUCAGUAUGUGAAUGCUUUGCUUGGCAUGCGGGAGCAACGUGUCAACUGAAUUUGAAAAUGUUGCUGAUUAGCCUGAUUGCAAUUGGUACAGUUUUUAUCUUGUUGGUGGUCUGUACGCUGCUGAUCUAUACGAAGCGCAAAACCUAUGGAGGAACUAGGACGAUACCUAUAUUUAUAAACACAUCCAAUUAUCAUCCAAGUAUGUUGACUUCAUCUAGCAACAAGUCAGAAUUGUCCUCUGUAGCUCAUAUGUGCAAAUCAAGCAUGGACAAGCGUAACAUUUUGAGUGAUUCAAAUAGCGAAUUGAGUCACAAUGCAGAACAGUAUUCAACAUUUAAGGAAUCAGAGAAGGCGGUUCAAUCGGAUCGAUCACUUACUGUAAUGAUUCCACGAGCUAAAUACUACCAUCCAUCGGUCCUACCUAACACACAGCAAUUAACACAACACGAAUUGACGUUAAGCGAGGUUGAUAGUACUCCAUUAUCCAAAGUAACUCAAAAUGAUAGCAAAACUAAAUAUAAAAUUGCUGAUCCACCGGUAAAGUCCUCUAGUAAAGAGUGUGGCGCAUUGGUCUCUGCCGGCUUUGAGGUCUCUGCAAUCGUCAGCGAUCGGCUAGCUCAAUUGAAUAACAAAAUUAUCGACUGCAAAAAAAAUGCAGCUACAACUGAUUGCGAAUCAUCUCAAGCACAACAAAUGUCUAUAGAAAGCUUAAAGGACCUUUUGGAUUCAAGGGAGAAUUUUCAUAGAAUGCAAUCUUGGAUGAGAAAUAUCCAUAGCACUGAAAUAUCAGCUGAUAUACGUUCAUUCGAUGAAACAACUGUUCUCCCUGUUACCAAAUCUAUUCAUCUAUGUUUUGAAAAGCGAACGCGAAGCAAUACAAUUGAGGAGGCGAACACAAUGGCUGAGAGGGACCUUGGCUCUACAUUUUUACUGCCGCAUACACAUCUUUACAAGCCAGAAAAGCUCGAGAGUGACCUGUCUGGCUUUGACUCUCUGUGAAAGUAAAUGAUUGAUCAAUCA